AUGGCUAUUUUAUUACGUUCUAUACUACUACUCUGGACUGCAUCCAGCUUUGUCUUCGCCCAGAACGCCGCCACGGGGACCCAAGCAACAGAAAGGGUGGGGUGGGUCGCUAAUGAUACGACCCGAAGCACUUCUCAGAUUAUCUUCUGUUGCGUAUCUAUCUUUCUUGUCUGCUCCUGGGAAUGUGUGCACCUGAAUAUACCAAGUAUUGAAGAGAGCGAAGCAGGCUGGUAUAUGUACAGGGGCUGGCUGUAUUACUGGCCCACAGCUCCUCUCCGACGAGUUUGGUACCGGAGAAUGGGAUGGGUGGCUUUGAUUGCCAUUGCCCCGGAGAUCGGAGUGGUGGUAGCCUUCGAAGAGCUAAUGGAGGCUAGGAAGACCUUUAGGAGAUAUAAGCAUCUUGGUUUCACCAUCCCCCACGCUAUUUAUGCCUGUAUGGGUGGGUAUCGGCUGGCCAUUCCCCGAACCUUUCUCAAUCAGGAUGGUGACACUCGGGAUGGUCCAACAUUGAUGGCCGGGUCUGUACAGGGAGACAACGAGAAUCAUCAAAUUUCAGUGAAAGAUACUAUGGUCGAAAGGAUGUUAUAUUAUAGUUCUCAGCUGACCACCCUAGGUGAGAAACCAAUACAUAACUGUUUCGGAACCGGGACACUUAGCCUGACAUAUUGCAGAGAUACUGAAUGAACUAGGAAUCUUUCCGGCCACUGAGGAAGCUUGCUUACAGGACCGAGGCCUUCCUCUAAUGAAGAGGGAAGACAUCCAUAAGUUUUCGACAUCAGAUGCUGUUAUCAAGGGGUUUGUUUGUCUUCAAUGCGUAUGGCUUAUCAGUUUGAACGUCACGCGUGCGGUUGCGGGUCUGCCCAUCAGCUAGCUUGAGCUGAUGACACUGGCAUUUAAUUUUUGUGCCCUGAUAAUGUACGGCUUGUGGUGGUAUAAGCCGUUUGGAGUCCAACGUGCCACCCUCAUCCUCCCUCUUCAGGAGAAAGCAAGAGCUCUGUAUGAUAGGGUGGGGCCACCGAGCACUGAGGGGAGAAGUCAGGGAGUAGGUAAUGUGGUUGAGACCUGGCUGGGUUUGCCUCGUUUUUCCUUAUUCG